CUCACUGUAAUGAUCCGGAAUUCCCACAUCACUACCUGGAAUACAAGUUCCGAAGUUGUCGCAAAGGGAGGUACUUUUAGCGCUUUCAUUUACACGAAACAAGAGCGCAGAAAGUCAGUAGUGUCGGUUAUCUGAAGUGAACCGAGUCUUUUGACCGUGAAAAUUAAACAUGGAGACGGGUGAGACUACUGCAUACGGAGCCUCCUUAGCUGGCGGAUCUUUCGACUUUUUAAAGUUUAUCAAACAACCACUAACCGUCUUACGAUUUGUCGGCUGGGUGUUUGCCAUUGUGGUUUUUGCCACCAUUACAGCAGAGGGAUAUGUAAAUGAUAAAACGUCAUCACACGUGGUCUGCAUAUUCAACCAGAACGACGGGGCCUGCAAUUUUGGAGUGGGCAUCGGGCUCAUUGCAUUUUUCGGCAGUAUCAUCUUCCUCUUAGCAGAUGCGUAUCUUCCCAUGAUGAGCAGCGCACAGGAGAGGAAGUAUCUUGUGAUGGCUGACCUGGGAUUCUCAGCGGUCUGGACGUUUCUGUGGUUCGUGUGUUUUUGCCUCUUGGCUAAUCAGUGGGCGAACACCACUGAAAGAGAUGCCAUCCCUAUUGAUGCAGCUCAAGCCAUCAUUGUCUUCUCCUUCUUCUCUUUCGCUGUAUGGGGUGCGAUGGCUUAUUUGGCCCUGAUUAGAUUUCGUAAAGGUGUUCGAGAGCUCGGCCAGGGCUUUGCUGAGUCUGCUCCAGAUCAUACCUCCCCUUACCAAGGAUCAAUAAUCCCUAAUGAUUCCUCACCAUACCCGCCUACUACUUACCCAUCAGACCUCUACCAGCAGCCCCCCUUCAUGAGCAAACCAGAGCCGACUGGAAACAGUAACUACCAGCCACCAAGCUACUGACAAGAACAAGGGCCCUUCUAGCGAAAGUGAAAAGGGAUGAUUAAAUGGCCUGAUCAUAUGACAUGCAGCAUGGAAGGAGACUGUCGGAGCAGCCAGUGAGAGCUCGUGUAUUGGUGGGCUCAGGCAUUCCUUGAAGUUGACCGUUUCUCCCAGUCAUGAUGAAGUUAUUCUUUGUGCUUGCUUUCAGUGAUGCACAGCCUUUCUGCGUUUUUGAAAUUGUAUGUUUGUUUUGCCCAGAACUGAUCGUUGAUUGCACAAAUGGUGUCUAAAUAUAAUGCAAGUCUUUGUGACACUGCUGAAGACAGAGUUGGCUGUUACCGCGUUUAAGCCUAGACUGCUGUAUAAUGCAUAAAAUGUUGACCUUUUUCAGCAGUGCCACAUUUUUGCACCAAAGCAAUGCUUAGUCAGCUGACCAGGUUAGGCAUAAUUCCUUAAGAAUUCACAUUUUGAUGCUUUUCUUGCUGCCAAAAUAAAGCCAUAGCCUGCACUGUCAAAUGCAGCUCUAUUUUCAUUCAAGUGUGCCAUGAGAGGUUUUGUACAAGACUACUGAUUUUUUUUUUUUUCUCCCCCCAAUGAAGUUUCUGAACUGCAAGAGCCUUGAGUCUAGCCUGGUUUAUUUACUGUAAAAACACUGCAUAGAGAAUGUAAUUUACUUAUCCACCUGAUCGGAUGUAUUGCACCACCUGGAAAACAUCCAUAGAGGCUAUUAAUAACUUGCAUUACAGACCUUAAUCUGUUAGUGCAUUAAUACAAGCCAGGUCCAUUAUGCCAAAGUUGCAGGUUCAAAUCAUGUUUUACAUUUAUUACAGCAAACAUACAGCACCAUUCUUUUGACUCCAAACUUUUUUUUUUAAUUGGGGGGAGGAGAAGCAGCUUUUCAAUCUAUUUCAGAUGAUUUUUCCUCUGGUAUUGGAGUAUACACUUAAAAGCCUUAUUUAACCUUUUUCACUUCAGUUGAGCACAUGCUUAACGAUUUGCACUAGCUGUGUUGAUGCAUUUCUUUUGGGGAUGUGGGUAAUUAAAAUCACUGGCCAUAUUUUGUUGAUCAUUUUCUAUUGUAACCAUUUUAAAACACUGGUGUAAAUUGUUAAAUGGUUAAUAGAAUAGGGGAUACUGGUUUUGUUUUUUGAUGUAAAGUACAAACCAGCAAUUUAAAGGAAAAUAUACCAGGGAACAAAAAUAAAGUUUUUGCAACUAA